GAAUAAUUAAAAAAAAACAGCGUCAUAGAGUAAUGAAAGGAUGACAGCAAUCAGUAUGUACAGUAACUGGAUUAUUUCGUUGUAAUUUCAAAGCCUGGUUUAAAUCAUAGUUUGGUGAAUAAAUAAUGAUGAGAUAUGGCAUCAAAUUCAUCUCAAACUAGCAAUGAACAAGACAGCAGUGAUCAGCUGAGACGCCAAGGGUCCUUACGGAGGGUGCUGCCACCCAAUGUCAACGGGGAACCUGUAGUGGGGAUGUCUGCCAAAAUGAUUGAGCGGCCAAGACCCAAUAAUCCGAACCCAAAUUCCUCUAAACACAAUUACAAUCAGUAUUUUCAAGAGUACAGUCUGAUUGCUGAAUAUAACAUGCUGGUGAACCAGAGACUGCCUGGAUUGUACGUCAUGCCGUCUGCCAACUCCGCUUUAGUGUGGUUUUGUGUGUUGUUUGUGAGAAAAGGACUCUACCAAGGGGGAAUUUUCCGAUUCAAUCUCCUUAUCCCGGAGGAUUUUCCCAAUUCAGGCUGUCCGAGGGUGGUGUCAGAGAGUUCUGUGUUCCACCCCAGUGUGGAUCCUGUGACUGGAGAGGUGGUAGUGGCCUCCGUAUUUCCGGAGUGGAGGAAGGAUGUCAACCGGUUGUGGCAGAUGUUGGAACACGUCGUGCAGAUGUUCUGCAGCAUCGACACCAAGAAUGCUGUCAACAUAGAGGCGGCCCGUUUAUUCGAAGACUCGCAAGAGGAGUUCAUCAGGCAAGUGAACGAGUGUGUGGAGCUAAGCCAGGCGGCUAUAUACAACCCUCCGACUGUUGAUGAUGCUCAUUACAUCAAAUUUGACCACUUUGACAACAAAAUACAUGACAAAGUAUUGACUUCUUUGAUAGAGCCAAAAGAAACUCCCAAGCUGCCAGCCAAAAGAGGUCUCUCUUGGGUCCAGUACGGCUCUUUGGAACCCUUUUCAGCGAGUCAUUCGUGAUAUAUCUGUUUUAUAUUAAAUGUUACUUCAUAUUU